AUGGCGAGUUCGUGUCCCACACGCUCCACGAGCUGCAAGCCUGUCAAACCAGAUUCAUACUGGCUUGGUGGAGAGGCUUCGGAUCCAGGCUCUACAGUCGCUUUGAGCAUUGAUAAUGGGAUGGUUGCAGGCAUAUUCCGUGAUAAUUCUAUUGGAAAGAUAAAAGUGAAUUAUGUCGUUAGCCGACUUAUAAUCAUCACCAACAAAGAGCUCAAAGUGGCCGUUAGUUCUUCCAGUAAGGUUAAGCUGGACAAGUUACGUCACUGCACCGACGUACACAAGCCUAAAGAUAAGAACGAUACAAACUACUUUGAUGUGACUUCGCUUAUUCAGAUAGGCCCUAGUGGAGGUUUAGCUGUGUUGGGAGGAAUGUGUUUAUACAGGACUGUUGCUAACGUCAAUAGAUACCAAGGACUUCAGACCGCUAAGACUCUUGCACAUGAAACUGGACACAACUUUGGUUUAAAUCAUGACGGUGACAACGGUUGCCGAGGUGGAAUCAACAUCAUGGCCAGUGUUUUGAUUGGAGGAGAAGGAGCCUUGAAAUGGUCCUCAUGCAGCCGAGAUGCACUUCAAAAGUUUCUCAGGUUUAUAGUGAUUGCCAAGACGUUAAACUAA